GGUCGAGGACUGCAAAGAUGUCCGUCGGUGCAGUAGAUUAGAAUGUUAUUAGUCACUCGGUUGGUCGCAUUUGUGAGUAAAUACCAGCUGGAUGCGCAGCGCGAUACCGUGACGGUGUGCUAACGUGUGCGCGGCUACGUCGAGCGGAAGUGCAAAGAGAGAGAUCCACCGUUGGGGAGAAAACGGGAGAGAAGAAGCCGCCGAUGAUGGGUCUCUUCCAGACCUCCUCGCCUUUCGACGCCGAAGUCGAAAAGGCAACCAACGAGAACAACGUGUCUGAGGAAUGGGGUAAGAUAAUGGAUAUCUGCGAUAAGGUGGGCACCUCCACACAGAAAGCCAAGGACUGUUUACGUUCUAUCGUCAAGAGAUUGUACUCUCAGGACCCACAUGUUGUUGUGCAAGCUAUAACAUUGUUGGACGCUUGUGCAAGUAACUGUGGAAAGACCUUUCACUUGGAGAUUGCAUCUAGAGAUUUUGAGAAUGACUUGAGGAAACUCAUUCAUCAUCCGCAGCAGAAAAUUGUGCAGAAAGUGAAAGCACUUUUGAAGAAGUGGGCAGAAGGCGACUUCAAAACGGACCCUCAGUUGAAUCUGAUUCCAAGUUUGUACAAUAAACUUAAAAGUGAAGGCCAUGACUUCUCCUCUGUCUCAGAGUCACCGAAAGUUAAUGCUCCGAAUAGGGAUCCUAAUGUAGUAACAAAUUCACAAGAAGAAGCCGACAUUGCAAAAGCCAUACAUCUCUCGUUACAAGAAAGUAAGGUGCAUGCUCAAAGCACUUCAUCGCAUAGUUCGCCAGCCUCUAAAAAGAGUUCCAGUUUAUAUCCUAGUAUGAAUUCUGUGCUUGGAAGUUCAAGUACCUCGGAAGGUAGGAAAGUGCGCGCUCUGUACGACUUUGAGGCUGCAGAGGACAAUGAAUUGACAUUUUUCGCAGGAGAAAUAAUUAAUAUUUUAGACGACUCGGAUCCAAAUUGGUGGAAAGGUAGCAAUCAAAAGGGCGAAGGGCUUUUUCCCUCCAAUUUCGUCACUGCUGAUUUGUCUGUCGAACCGGAUGAAUAUACAAAAUUGGAACAUAGUAGCAAAAAAUUAGUGCAAUUUGCGGACGAGGUGGAAGUAAAAAUGGUGAAACGUGAGCCGGAGGUGGUGGAGGUCGAGAUAGACGAGAAGAAGAUGGACAGAUUGUUGCAUUUGUUUCACGAAGCUGAUCCACAGUGUGAUACAUCCGAUCCUCAGGAGAUGCUCGAUCUAGAAGAACAAGUCACGGCGAUGGGACCGCUCAUUGAUGCGGCCUUGGAGAAGGUAGACAGGCGGCACGCGCAGCUUACUCAGUUGAGCUCCGAUCUGGUGGACGCUCUCAAUCUCUAUCACACGCUGAUGCGAGAACCUGCGCCGCCGACGCCUUCUGGUUACACCUUGCCUAAAAUGCAGCCGCAUAUGAAUCCUUAUCCGUUUCACAAUACGGGACCACCACCACCACACAUAUUUAACGGCAUGCCGCAUUCUCCGUUUCCCACUGGAGCGGCGACGGGUCCAGGCCCGUUGCCUGGUCCGUACAACGCGAGUAUACCGAGCAACGAGUACAUGGGUCCCGCCAGUAUGCCAAAUAUGACUCUACCGCAGCCGCAUUUUCAUAUUCAAUCGGGCCCUCAGCAACAACACCCGCCUGGACAUCCACAAGGACCGCCUUUACCACAGCCCGAUCAAACUAGCCUUCCUUAUCAACCGCAAGGAUACCCACUACAGACCGGCCCUAUGCCAGGGCCGUAUGGUCCGCCUGGACCUAGAGGACCGUCUGUAAACCAGCAACCGCAAUACGCUCCACCGAACGGGCAACACAUGAUGUAAAGCGAAGCUAUGCGUUACGAACACUCAACUUGUACUCUAAUUCAAGCUGUACAAUAUUACGAUAUUACAAUUAUUUAAAUAAACAUACCCCCGAAGUAGCCAAAGAUAAUGGGUUUUCAAUGGAAGUUUUGCGUUUGUAUCUACGUAGGCAGUAUCGUUUACUAUGCGCCGCGUAAGUGUACACGCGACUCGGAAGGAGCAAAGCAGAAAGUGACUUACGUUGCCUACGAUGCAUCGAUAUUAGUUUUGUGAUUCUUAGAUAUUUAUUGCUCAGACUGUUCAGUGUUUUAGUUUAUACAUUCCUCCGGCUCGCUUCAUCUCUUCUUUCUCCGUUGUUAUUGUUUUAUUACGCAUAAUUUGCCCACGCUUAACCGCAAAACGAAGACAUUCGCCGUUGUAUCUAUAUGAAGAAAGUAUAUCGACAUGUACAUGAGUUCUCUGUGUUUUUGAUUUAUCGUUUGAAAUGCUGCUUUAAUUGUUUAAUUUGUUACAGUCAAUAAAAUAGAAAGGAAAACCAAGAGAAUCUCUUUGUUCUACGUUUCUAAGUUGUAAGCGUAUGUGUCAUAAAUUGUAAACUUCACAACAUUUCUUAACAACACAUCGGUCUUCGUAGAUGUCACGAAAAUACGCGACGGGUUUUCCGGAACCCACGAAUGGAUAGAAGCUUGACGAAUGUUUUAUAGUUUUUUACUCUGUCAUUGAGCCUCGAUGGAGUUAUUUGCGAGAUAAGGACUGUGCGAUUGUCAGGUGAACGAAGAUCAGUGGAACGAUGCAAUCACUAAAAAGCAAAAAGAAAGAAAAAAAAUAUAUAAUCACACAGCUAUGCCGUAUCGCCGUAGACGCGCGCUUGGCGAUUGUCGAACAACGGUCGCGACGAGAAACUCACGUGAACCGAAACGUACUCUCGCAAGAGGAGAACGUCUCGGACCGUGGUUCAGUCAGUCCAUUGUGUACAAUAAAAUUAAUUCCUAUUGAUUGGAUCGAGAGAGCCGACUGCGAGGAAUUUUUUAUCGAUUGUUAAUGCAUAAUAGGUGCGCGACGAUGUUUGUAUAUGAACUCAGGUUCGAAACGCGCGUUCUGCCUCGGUCAAACGCGACGAACAUGUUUCUCGAGCUUUGGAGCAUUCACUUGGAAUAUAUCGAAGUUCCACGUCGUUAUGCCUGUUGUACUCUCUGUCGAAAGAGAUACAGAGCAUA